GUGGCGGCUCCUCCAAGGUCUUCAAGGUGAUGGAUUUGCGUGACGGGAAGAUUCUCGCAUUGAAACGCGUCCUCACUUCAAACAAGACCCAAUUCACACUCUUCAAGAAUGAAGUCCACCUACUCGAAAAGCUGCGUGGGAAAGCCAAUAUCAUCCAAAUGCUAGACUAUGAGGUGAUCCAGAACGAGCGCUUGAUGGUGUUGAUGGAGUACGGAGACAGCGAUUUCUCUAGGUUUUUGCAUACAGAACCCGACUUGGACUUCCCAGAAAUAAGGCGUUUUUGGCUCCAAAUGCUUGAAGCGGUUCAAGUCGUGCAUGAAGAGCGGAUUGUGCAUUCGGACCUGAAGCCUGCGAAUUUCUUGCUAGUGAGGAAUCAACUGCAGUUGAUCGACUUUGGGAUCGCGAAGUUAAGAACCAAAAAUGUUGGGUGACUACAUUCAAUGAAUUAGAGGAGUAGCAGACUUACGUUUUUUUCAGAGUGGUUAAAUUAUAGAGUACCAAAUAAAUAUAGUAGGUACUAAGUUGUAUCCUUAUAGAGUACCAAAAUUAUAUAGUACCUACUAAGUUGUAUCCCGAAGUUGCCUCUAUAGUAUACUAAGAGUCCUCCCGAAGAUGCCUCUUUUUCUCUCCUCUAAUCGGUGCGAUCCCCAACAACGACACGACCAACAUCCAGCGCGAUCACCAAAUCGGCACCCUUUCCUACAUGGCCCCAGAGGCUGUCUGUCAUGCGCAUACUGGUCCAGUGAAACUAGGUCGAUCUUCAGAUAUUUGGUCUCUAGGGAUCAUCUUGUACCAGAUGAUCUACAAAAGAACACCUUUCUCGCAUUUGAACCCAAUGCAACGGAUCCUGACGAUUUCGGAUCCCAGGACGACAAUCGAGUUUCCAAGGUGCGAACGGUUGGCCUACGACCCCGAAAGUUGGCAACAGUUGUUAGAUAGCAUGACCGGGUGUUUGAGGCGGGAAGUGGCAACAAGGGCAACGAUCCCGGAUUUGUUGCGGCACCCGUUUUUGGAAAAGAAGAGCAUAAGCGAAGUGACGAAAGCGCAUUUUCAGAAGGUACUCCGGAAUUUUUUGGAAGGAGUGCGAGGAUCCGCAACUACUUGUGUACAACCAGCCGUACUAGUAGAGCAGAAAGAAAAUGAAUUAGUUGACGCCAUGUGGGCAGAGUUAUCCAGUCUCGUCAGCAAUGGGGGGACUCAACCGCGAGACACGCCCCGAGAUGGCUGUCCGAGGACAACUACAUCUUCUGGUCAACAACAAGGAAUCGGAGGUUCUUCAUCUAGUACCUCCCCAGCUGCCAUCGUGAGAACCGCAGCUGGAAAAUGGGGAGCAGAUUUUCUUGCUGCAUGUGGUUGUAAAAAAGUUUUAGGAGAAGUAGUUGGACUUGGACUAUUUCCUGGAGGUACAGCAGACCAGGAUAGCUCAGUCGUGGGCGAAGACGACUCUAUGCGAGAACAGGAUGCGAAAAGACGAAAACUACUAGCAGGAGAUGGCGUUGCUGAGAACUUCAACAAUAGUUCAACAUCGGUUCCAUCCAAGAAAGGUGUUGAUACAAGAACUCCUUCGACGAUAUCAGCUGGUGCACAGAGUUGUAUAUUAGAUGAGAAUCCAAAUCCGCAUCCUACUGGCGGCGCAGUAUCCUCAGUAGUUUCUUCUGGCUUGUUUGGUGGGGGUGCUAAUCGCAAUAUGGGUGGAGGCAAUCUUGGACCCCUUGGAGGUGGAACAGGAUCAGGACCUUUAUUUUCUUCCACGACUACAGCAGCAUCUGCCUCAUCAAGUGGAACAUCUCUAUCGACUUUUGGUGGCUCAGCUGCGCGAAGCAAAUUUUCCAACAUCUUUGGAGCUGGAAGCGCGAACGGUGGGAAUAGAGAAAUGGGAGGAGGAGGUCUGUCCAGUAGUAAUGCAUUUCAGAUGAACAAGAACAAUUCUGGUACCGGAUCAGGAGACCAACAACUAGAUGGCGCACCAGGAGCAAGAUUUUCAAAAUUCAUGCCAAGACGUGAGCAAAAUGGGCUUGGUGCACGACUGAGGGAAAGAUUUGAAAUGAUGAGCACAACGAAUAAUGGGGGAGGUGGGUAGUGAAUGUGGUUGAAAUGGUAGAAACUCAUGAAAAAAAUCAAUGUCUAUGUCAUAAAAAGCAGUUACAGUUACAGUAUGUAGUAGUUCGUUCCUGAGUGCUUGUUGAUUCCGAUAGAUGACCGAAGAUACGCUGAUUACUGCAGAGCUUUCAAGUUUACUGAUAAUUCCAAUUUAGACUGAUCGUGCUCACGAGCUCACUGUAAGAAGGAGAUGUUUUUCCGCUUGCCGAUGCUGCCAAGGAUAGCAGCCUAGUCACAAUUACAACUCUUACAUACGCUAUCUGAUACGCUACCUGAUUCCUAUGUGAUUUCUGCUGAUCUAAAACUAGACGAGGGUCUGGCUCGCAUCAAAGCGCAAUGUCGAAACCUCUGCGCGGUCACUGCGAUUUGUUGUGCCUUCGUUGUCAGUUCCUGCCAGAGUUUGGCCCCCAGUUCGUUGAUGAUUGCGGCCCUCUAGCAUGAUGCUAUUCUGACUUCAACAACUUGACUGCCUAUUUUUCUGCCGGC